AAUUCACCCUCUCUACUUGACCUUGCAAUAACUCCACCUUUCCUCAUUUUUCUUUCUCCAUAGCUUUCUCCUCCUAUUCUCUAAAUCUCACACUCAAUCUACACAUGAGGGAAAACCUCAUCUCUCUCAUAAAUGGUCAAACUUAUUUCACUAUAAAUAGAGCCCUCUCCUAUUCACUAUCCACACACAACACUAGUAGUAUCUCCUACUUGUUAGAUCUCAAAAACCUCUCCUCUAGUUCAUAGCAAGAUUUGGAGAGUAGGGAAUGCCGGCCAGAAACUCCGGUCCGGCAAGAAUGAUGCCGUCGUUGGUCGGAAGUGAUGGAACUGAUACUGGAUUUCCGGUUGGUCAGCCAAGUAACAUGAUUGAUGUUCAAGUUCAUUCACUGGACAUAUCAAAUAACACAUCAGAAAGUGAUGUGCCUCAAGACAUUGGAACCAAAUCUGGCAACUCUGGUGGCGAUGCUGAUCAUGCUGAACAAGACGAAGAUGCCAAUAAUAGUAGGAAGCGAAAGCGCUACCAUCGUCACACUCAGCAUCAGAUUCAGGAACUUGAAGCGUACUUUAAGGAUUGCCCACACCCAGAUGACAAGCAAAGGAAGGAGCUGAGUCGAGUGUUAGGGUUGGAUCCUUUGCAGAUCAAAUUUUGGUUUCAAAACAAGAGGACUCAGAUGAAGAAUCAACAUGAGAGGCACGAGAACACACAUCUAAGAGCUGAAAAUGAGAAGUUUAAGUCUGAAGUGAUGCGUUACAGAGAAGCUUUAGGGAAUGUAUCUUGCCCUAAUUGUGGUGUUGGCCAACCCCAACGUGUCCUUAUUAAUGAAAUGUCUUUUGAUGAACGCCAAUUGAGGUUGGAAAAUGCUCGACUCAGAGAAGAGAUUGUACGCAUCACAAGUGAAGCUGGCAGAUAUGUUGGAAGAUCUCUAUUUCAAAACACUACAUUUCAAAACAACCACAAUGGUUACAACUCUCCUACUCCUGCUGAUUUUGGAGUUCUUCCUCCAUAUUCAACGCCACAAAGCGUUGUCGAUGGGGGAGAGGCAUUCAACAACAACAAUGAGGUUGAUAUUGUUGAUCAUCAAGAUAUUAGUAUAAUGAGUUCAAUGAUUGCACCAACUGAAGUUGAAAAGCAAUUUAUCAUUGAACUUGCUCUUGUUGCCAUGGAAGAGUUUGUUCAAAUGGCACAUAUGAAGGAACCACUAUGGUUCUCUAGCAAUAUUGACAAUGGAACAAGUUUGUUGAAUGAAGAAGAAUACUUUAGGUUUUUUCCAAGGGGUAUUGGACCUAGACCUAUUGGAUUUAAUACCGAGGCUUCUAGGGACACUGCUAUUGUCAUAAUGAACCCUAUCAACCUUGUUGAGAUCCUCAUGGAGGCGAAUCAUUGGUCUAGUCUGUUCGCUAAUAUUGUUUCAAGGGCAUCAACUAUUGAUGUUCUAUCAACUGCAGUCGGUGGAAACUACAAUGGGGCUAUGCAAGUGAUUUUCGCUGAAUUUCAAGUGCCGUCACCACAAGUUCCAACAAGAGAAUGCUACUUUGUUAGGUACUGCAAGCAUAGGGCUGAUGGAACAUGGGCUGUUAUGGACGUUUCAUUGGACCAGAUCCGGGCUGGCGCAGCGCUUAGGUGCCGGAGAAGGCCCUCCGGAUGCCUUAUUCAAGAGUUGCCGAAUGGCUGCUCUAAGGUGACAUGGGUUGAACAUGUUGAAGUUGAUGACACAUUAGUGCACAAUAUUUACAAGCCACUAGUGAGCUCUGGUCUUGCAUUUGGUGCACAGCGUUGGGUUGCUACUCUUGAUAGGCAGUGUGAACGUCUUGCUAGUGCUUUGGCCACAUAUAGUCCAACCAAUAGCGUUACUGAUAUGGUGUUAUCAACUCAAGAGAGCAGACGGAGUAUGAUGAAGUUAGCUGAGAGGAUGGUGAACAGUUUUGGUUCUGGAGUGAGUGCUUCUGUUGGUAAUCACUGGACAACCUUAGCAACAGGAAGUGGCACUGAUGAAAAUGUUAGAAUUAUGACUAGGAAAAGUGUUGAUGAUCCUGGCAGACCACCUGGUGUUGUCCUAAGUGCUGCUACCUCUUUCUGGCUGCCGGUUCCUCCGAAAAUGGUGUUCGAUUACCUCCGUGAUGAAAGCAGGCGUACCGAGUGGGACAUUCUCUCGAAUGGAGGUACCAUUCAAGAAAUGGCUCAUAUUGCUAAUGGCAGAGAAACAGGCAACUGUGUCUCUUUAUUGAAGGUCCAUGGGCAAACCGAAAGCCAAAGCAACAUGCUGAUACUCCAAGAGUGCAGCACAGAUCUAACAGGCUCCUUUGUGAUCUAUGCACCUAUUGAUAUCAAUUCAAUGAACGUUGUGUUGAAUGGCGGUGAUCCUGAUUUCGUUGCACUUUUGCCUUCCGGUUUCGCCAUUCUCCCUGAUGGACCACCUGCAGGCAACUGCCGCGGCGCUUACAAUGAUGGUUCUGGUGGUUCUCUCUUGACCGUGGCGUUCCAGAUUCUGGUUAACUCAGUUCCAACUGCUAGGCUUUCAUUGGGAUCAGUUGCUACUGUGAAUAACCUGAUUUCUUGCACAGUGGAUAGGAUCAAGGGUUCUCUCUUUCCAGAGGCCUGACUGUGUUCGUCCUGAGUUAUAUAGAAAAGAUGGAUAGGAAUAAGGGGAAGUCAACAGCGCACCUUGGAUCCUUUUACUACAAAGUUUAUUUUAGUUUUAGGCUAAGAGGUUCGUGAAAUGACUUCUUGUGGCAAUAUUCCAAAUAGGAAAAAAUAUUAUAUAGAAAAAUAGGGGUUUAUUUUCUUUAUGUUAUGUGACUAGUAUUUCAAAACUUUGAGCCAGAGGAUCUGGCAAACUCUAUUGUCUGCCUUAUGCUUUAUUAUAGUUAUCAAAGUGUAUGUGACUUUCUAGUCAUUCAAAGCUUGUAAGGGCAUUUGGCAAACUCUAUUGUAUGCCUUAUGCUUUAUUAUAGUUAUCAAAGUAUAUCAAGCUUUGGGGUAUUA